GCUGCAGGUAUGAAGUAUGUUCCUGUUUUAUUGGAGUUUGUAAAGAAAAAGCAGAGAAUGAUGUUUGAAGGUGAGAAGAGUCCGAACCAGAACCCUCUCCAUCUCCCUCACAUCAGAACCCGAGUAAAAGCAACAAGCAGUUAAUUAUGAGGAAAGUUUCCGGGAAAUGAUCCGGAAAAAUUCCUCCAUACACCUGAGCACACCUGAGAGGGAGAGAGGGAGAGAGAGGGAGGGAGAGAGACAGAGGGAGAGGUGGUGUUUGUGUGUCAGUCACAGUUCUGGAUGCAGAGGAUCAACAUGGCUGCUCACAGCAGCAGUGGGACCGGAUUCUUCAGGACCCUCCUGAGCCGGUGCAGGACCUCGGGACCCGGAAAGUCCAGAACACCGGGACUGUGUCAACAGCACAGGUGUCGUCUGUCCUCGCUGCCUCCUCUGCCACCACCGGGCACGUGGAGCUCCCGGCUGUCCCGUCUGUCCCACCGGGAUCUGUACCGGCUCUCGGUCACGGAUCCGGAUCAGUUCUGGGGAUCCGCUGCCACUGACAGACUCCGCUGGGUAAAACUGUUCCAGCGGGUCCGGGACUGCGACCUCAGCGGCGGCAAGAUCAGCUGGUUCCUGGGAGGGAAACUCAACGUGUCCGUGAACUGUCUCGACGUCCAUGUAGAGAAACACCCAGACCGAGUGGCUCUGAUCUGGGAGCGAGACGAGCCCGGCACUGAGGUGAAGGUCACUUACAGGGAGCUGCUGGAGACGACCAGCCGUCUCGCCAACGCAUUGAAGAGCUAUGGGAUCGAGAAAGGGGACCGGGUGGCCAUUUACAUGCCGGCGUCGCCGCUGGCGGUGGCGGCCAUGUUGGCAUGUGCUCGUAUCGGUGCGGUGCACACCGUGGUGUUUGCGGGAUUCAGCUCGGAGGCUCUGUCAGGGAGGAUCCAGGAUGCUCAGUGUAAAGCAGUGGUCACCUGUAAUCAAGGUGUGAGAGGCGGCCGGCUCAUCGACCUUAAAUCCACAGUGGACGCGGCAGUGAAGAGCUGUCCCUCUGUCCAACAUGUGUUUGUCUCUCAGAGGACAGAACAACCUGCAGCGAUGGGAGAGCUCGACGUCCCUCUGGAGAAGGUGAUGUCCUGUCAGUCCUCUGUCUGUCCUGCGGAGCCUCUGGACAGUGAGGACGUCCUGUUCCUCCUCUACACUUCAGGCAGUACAGGGAAACCUAAAGGCAUUGUCCACACACAGGCUGGAUACCUGCUGUACGCCUCACUGACUCACCAGUACGUGUUUGAUUACCGAGACGGUGACGUGUUCGGCUGUGUGGCGGACGUCGGCUGGAUAACAGGACACAGCUAUGUCGUCUACGGUCCUCUGUGCAACGGCGCCACCACCGUCCUGUUUGAGAGCACACCUGUCUACCCAAACCCAGGCAGAUACUGGGAGACGGUUCAGCGUCUGAGGAUCACUCAGUUUUACGGCGCUCCCACGGCUCUGCGCCUGCUGCUGAAGUACGACGAGAGCUGGGUGAAGAAGUACGACCGCUCGUCUCUGAGGACGCUGGGCUCAGUGGGAGAGCCCAUUAACCACGAGGCCUGGCACUGGUUCCACAGUGUGGUUGGAGAUGGACGGUGUCCUUUAGUGGACACCUGGUGGCAGACAGAGACCGGAGGAGUCUGCAUCGCCCCUCGUCCUGCAGAGGAAGCAGCUCCGAUCCUCCCGGCGAUGGCCAUGAGGCCGUUCUUUGGCAUCCAGCCUGUUGUCAUGGGAGACGAGGGUGAACCUCUGCCCGGUAACUCCGUCAGUGGGGCUCUGUGCAUCAGCCAGCCGUGGCCUGGGAUGGCUCGCAGCAUCUACGGAGACCACCAGAGAUUCGUCGACGCUUAUCUCAAGCCGUAUCCCGGUUAUUAUUUCACCGGUGACGGAGCGUCCCGCUCAGAGGACGGUUACUACCAGAUCACCGGCCGGAUGGACGACGUCAUUAACGUCAGCGGCCACCGUCUCGGUACAGCAGAGAUCGAGGACGCUCUGGAUGAACAUCCAGCUGUUCCAGAAACAGCUGUGAUUGGAAUCCCACAUGACAUCAAAGGAGAAGUGCCGUUUGCCUUCGUGGUUUUGAAGGAGGGUGUCGGUGGCGACCCCCCCGCCGUCCUGCAGCAGCUCAGAGACCUGGUCGCCACCAAGAUCGCCAAGUACGCCGUCCCAGAACACUUCCUGGUGGUGAAGCGGUUACCGAAGACUCGCUCCGGUAAGAUCAUGAGGCGGAUCCUGAGGAAGGUCGCCACGGAGACGACCCGUGACCUCGGCGAUAUGUCCACUCUGGACGACCCGUCUGUCGUCCAGGAGAUCAUCGAGGCCCAUGAGCUGUACAGGAAGCAGAGAAGUCAGGAGAAGAAGAAGAACUAGGAGGGAGGAGAUGGGCAGGUGGGCUCUCAGACGGAACCAGGAUCAGACUCAGGCUCCAUCACUGGAGACGUGAACGGAGCUGAAGCGAUGAGUCGAUCGACACCAACCGUCUGAAUAACCGAUGGAUCGUCUCGGUCAAACGUUUCCAGGUUACACUGAGUGAUUAAUGGGUUAGUUCAGAAAAUAAGCAGCAGAUUGAAGGAUAAUGAAAAGAAUCUCAAACUGAGAACAUCAGAGUUUUACCUGCCAGUCAGAGGACUGAGGGUCGGCUUCUGAGCUAAAGUCUGAUUUUUAUUUAGAAAUGAGUGAGAGUUUAUAGAUGAUUCUUCAGAUUCACGUCAUAUUUCAUACCACAACAAAGAUUUUUAACCAGACAACACAUGCAAACACUGUUCUGGAGUCAGAUGUUAGAGCAUGUUCACACAGAUGAGAGGUAACACACAUUAAUCAGGAUCAGAUGAUUUUUCUUUUUAUUUAACAGACAAAUAUUUUCUAGAUUCAUAGUUUGGAGCUGAAGUGAUUUGUUGAUGGUGUUUGUUAAUAAAUGUCUUUGUUAAUUGUUCAUUUAAUGAAAUGAAUCAGAUCAGACUCUUUGUGUCACACUGAUGUAAAUGUCCAGAAAUAAACAUUUUCAUUCCAACUAAUAAACAUGAAAUAAAUAAAAAUGAAUAAACUGAUUUAAUGAAGAA